AUGGCUAACAUCAUGCUCCUUAUGACUGCUAUUACAAUCCUCUUAGCCACCAGAAAUCCUGAGGGUGCUCAAGUUCCUGCCAUGUUCGUGUUUGGUGAUUCAAUGGUAGAUCCUGGAAAUAACAAUGAUCUUUUAACCGUGGCAAAGGCUAAUUACUAUCCUAACGGUAUCGAUUUUGCGAUCGGAACCACAGGACGAUACUGCAAUGGAGGCACUGUGGUGGAUCAUUUAGGCAAUCUUUUAGGGCUUCCUUUGAUCCCUCCAUUCAACAGUCCUACCACCACUGGAUCCAACAUUCUUAGAGGAGUGAACUAUGGAUCUGCUGCCUCUGGAAUCCUUUGGGACACAGGAUUAAUAUAUGGAGAUGUCUUCACAUUGGAUGAACAAAUCCAAAACUUGAAGAUAACACUCCAACAACUGCACCUGCUUCUGGGGAAUGGGACUGCAGAUUUCCUCGCCAGAUCUAUCUUCUUCGUUGGCAUGGGAGCUAAUGACUACAUCAACAACUACUUGCAUCCUCUACCUCGGAAGUCCAGGAAGUACACCCCGGUUGCCUUUACCCAGUUACUCAUACAAGAGUACAGAAGGCAGCUUGAGGAUCUACAUGACUUGGGUGCAAGAAAAAUUCUCGUCGCUGGAGUUCCACCACUCGGUUGUACUCCAAACCAGAUAGGCGGCUCCAAUGACAGCAGAGGAGAGUGCAUCAGAUCGAGCAAUACACUGGCGGUGCAGUUCAAUUCCCAGGUUAAACUGUUGGUCCAUCAGCUGAACACAACACUUCCGGGAUCCUCUUUACUCUUCUGGGACACCUACAGCCUCAUCCACAACAUCAUUGACAAUUACUUACUCUAUGGUGAUCCUCUAUUACUCUACUUAUCCACUUCGUUUCUUCUUCUUCGUCCUGUGAGCUUUGCUUGCUGGCUCAGUGAUGAUUCAUGGGUGAUUGCAGGGUUCAAGUACCCGAACAAGGCUUGUUGUGGUGUAGGUCGAUCGAAGGGGCAAGUGAUGUGCCUGCCAUUGUUGCCUUUGGAGUGCCGUAAUCGAUCAGAGUACAUAUUUUGGGAUCCAUAUCAUGCUACCGACGCACUGAACGCCAUUGCAGCCAAAGAUGCAUACCAAGGAACCUUGCAUCUCACUUUUCCUAUCAAUGUGGAACAGCUUGUUCGGAGCUAA